AUGUCUGUUGAUCCAAUUACUUGUCAUAUAUUAGACACCACUUUAGGAAAACCAGCUUCUGGUGUUAUAGUUCAAUUAUUCCAUAUAUCCAAUGAUCCUUCAUUAUCUGAAGAUAUACAAUCUUAUGCUAAUGAUGGUGGUAAUAAACAUUUUGCUACGGCGAAAACUGAUAAUGAUGGUCGUAUUAAACAAUGGAUAAUUGAUCCCAAUGGAGAUUUCCAAAAUUUAGGAAUCAAUAAAAGUACUAAUAAUGUUAAUCAAUCAUGGCAAAUUUUAAAACCAGGGAUAUAUAAAGCAAAAUUUUUAACUGGGAAAUAUUUUUUACUGUUAGCUCAAACCCAACAACAAACAUCUACUGGUAGUGGCGGUAGAACAUUUUUCCCAUUUGUUGAAAUUUCAUUUAUUAUUGAUAAUCCACCUGAUAAUCAUUAUCAUAUUCCUUUAUUAUUAAGUAAUUAUAGUUAUACUACUUAUCGUGGAAGUUAA